CUAUUUCUUUCAAUUGAAUGGAAGACAGCGUAUUUAGACUAUGUCCAGACACUGACUGACCAAGCCUCUUUAGUUUCCACAUGGUUGGCAAUUUGAUUGUAAACUGCUUUGAGGUGGUUGUUUUUUUUAUAAUCAAGUGGUAUAUAGAUUUUAUGAAAUAAAUCAAUAAUAUGCCUUUGCAACAUACCCAUAGUUAUACCCCCACACUCGUAAGAUGAUCUUGCUUUUCAGACUCGCCUGUCAAAGUGCCAAGGAAAUGGGGAGCAACCUUGACAGGAUUCCUGAAGGGAAAGGCCCUUACUCAGUUGGAUGCACAGACCUUAUGACCGACUACAGCAUUCAGGGAAUUUUUUUGCGUCUCUAUUACCCAUCCCAAAUUGGUACAAGUGAUGAAGAAACAAUAUGGAUUCCCAAUAGAGAAUAUUAUUACGGACUAUCUGAUUUUCUGAACAUAUAUCGGACAUUUGGAGAGUUCAUUUUCACAUGCAACUUUGGCUCAGUGACAUGUCCUGCAAAAUGGAACGCGGCGUUCAAGCUUGGAGAAAAAUACCCCCUAAUUAUUUUCUCCCACGGACUUGGAGCUUUCAGAACUCUGUAUUCAGCAAUUUGCACUGAAAUGGCAUCUCAGGGUUUUGUUGUUGCUGCUGUUGAGCAUAGAGACCAGUCAUCUUCAGCUACAUAUUACCUUAAUGAGAAACCUGCUUUAGGAGCAAAGGGAGAAGCCUCAGAAGUGCACAAGGAGUGGAUCUAUUACAGGAAAUUAAAAGCAGGUGAAGAUGAAGUUGCUUUACGUCAACAACAGGUGCAACAAAGAGCUGAUGAGUGUGUUAGAGCCCUUGACCUCAUGCUUGAUAUUAAUUCCGGAAAACAAAUAGUGAAUGUGCUGCCAUUGAGCUUUAACUGGAUGCUUUUAAAGGAUUCUAUUGAUGUACAGAAGAUAGCUGUGAUGGGACACUCUUUUGGUGCUGCUACAACUAUUGAGGCUCUUAGCAAAAAUGUCCAAUUCAAGUGUGGCAUUGCCCUUGAUGCAUGGAUGCUACCCCUUUGUGAAGAAAUGUAUCCUAGGGUUCGUCAACCAUUGCUGUUUAUUAAUUCAGAAAAAUUUCAAUGGGCUUUAAACAUUCUAGAAAUAAAGAAACUUAACUACAAAGACACAGAGAGAAAAAUGAUCACUAUCAAAGGAACAGUACAUCAGAGUUUUCCAGACUUUACAUUUUUGACUGGCAACAUUGUUGGAAAGAUUUUUGGACUGAAGGGACAAUUAAAUCCAAAUACAGCCAUUGAUAUUAGCAACAAAGCUUCAUUAGCCUUCUUACAGAAACAUUUAGGUCUCGAUAAAGAUUUUGACCAGUGGGACUCUCUCUUAGAAGGCAAAGGGCAAGAUGUCAUUCCAGGCACCAACAUUGAUCUACCUCCAAUGCCACCUCAGUCCAAACAAUAAAGACAGAAUGGAAAUUGUGGACCCUUUAACAAUU